AUGGGUAAUUGCAAAUCAGCUAACACUAUAGAUAUAUCAUGUAAUCACAAUAAACCUCAUAUUGCAAUAUGUCUAGGUUAGGCAUGUACAAGAGAUGAAGGAGAUAGAAGAUUAUGUGAGGAAUGUUUGGUUGAUCAUAUGUGUAAUGAUCGUAUUACAAUUGAUGAUGGUAAAUUGUGAUUUUAUAUUUUAAAAGCAAUAAAAUUUGAUAGUUAUGGAAUUUAGGAAAUAGUAGAAAAAUUUGAUAGAGAUUAAAAUUCACCUAAUGCAACUGGUGGAUUAACUUAAACAUUAGCAAAUUUUAAAAAUAAUUUCUUUGAGAGCUUUAAAUCAUAUCAAGGAUAUUAUGAUGUUUAUUUGAAUCAAUAUCUUCUUUAAGGAAUACCUGAUGCUGAAGUAUUUGGAGAAGCUGCAAGUUAAAUAGUAGAGGCAUUUGAAAAAAAUGAUUUAGGUUAUAUCUAAAAAUAAGGAUGUUAAAUAUUACUCAAUACUUACAAUAAUCCAUAAUUAAUUAAAUAAAUAAUUAGUAAUUUAGAUUCAGCAUCAAGAAAAAUCUCAAUUUAUUAGAAUUAAGUUGAAUAGAAAAUAAAAAGAUUAUAAGAUUCAUUCUUUAAAGAACUUAUUUCUUUACCAUAUAAUGUUUCUAAAUAAUUUAAUGAUUCCAUUUUAAAUGUUGAUCCAAGAACUUAUUCAUAUGAAUUUUCAGCAUAUUUGACAACUGUAGAUACAAAUAGAACUAGUGGUUCAUUAAUUUAAUUGAAUUGCUAUGAUCAUAAUCAAAAAAUUUAAGUAAUUUGUUGUGAUAGAUGUCCAAAUAAAGAUAAUAGAUUAUGUGGAUAAUGUUUAAUUACACAUAAAUGUAAUGCUGGAUAAAGAAUUAAAUUAAAAUCAUUCAGUUAAGAUUAAGCUGCAAUAAUUGAGGCAGCUAUGAAAUAUUAAAAGAAAGUUAUUAUAUUAAUUAUAUAUUUAUAGAAAUAAGAGAUAUAGGAUGCUAAAUCUAAAGUUAAAUCAAUAUUUGAAGAAUUUAUGAGAUAAGCCAUUAAAGAAAUAGAAUUAUUGGGAUAAAAUUCUAAAAGAAUGAUGUGUGAAUCUUAAUUAGAUGGAAUUGACUCUUAGAUUAAAUUAGAAUUACCAGCUUAUGUAAAUAAAUUAAAACUAGUACAUAUUAUUAUUUUAUUAGUGGUAUUUGCUAAUAGAAGUAUGGUGAGUUUAGAUUAAAGAGGAGUAGCAAUUAUUGCAUAUUUAAUUAGACAUCCUGAAAUUAAAAAUUAAUUAAAUAGUUUUGAUGCAACAAAUAAUGCAGUUUAAUACUUAACUAAAUUAGUUAUAUAUUUAGAAGAUGUUUCAAAAAGAUUUUUAUAAAACAUAUCAUAAAUUGAAGAUAGUAUAUUAUAUUUAUAUAUAUUUAUAGUUGCAACAAUGGAAAAGAAACCAAGUUAAAAUUUGGAAUCUUCUCUUAUUUAAACUACUAAUAUUGUAGCUAAUUAUGGUGCUACCAUAAAUCCUAUGGGAAUGAAUUAAUCAUUACAAAGAUAACCAUCAAAUAAUUUGAAUUUUUAGACAGAUCAAUCAUUUGAAAAUAAAAUAGAUGGUUGUGCAAUAAUUAGAGUACUCAAAGAUUUUGGAGAAGAUUAAGAUAAUUUUGUAAGUGACAUAAUCUUUUUUUAAAAUCAUCUAAUAGUAUCAACUGUUGAUGGAUUGAUUGUCAUUUAUUAAGGAAUUGGUGAAAAUAGGAUUGGAGAAUAUUAAUUUGAAGGAAAAUGUACUAGCAUAUGUGGUUUCAUAUAUAAAGGGAAAUUAGCUAUUGCUGUAUGGUAAACUUAAUUGUCUAUCUAACUAGUAUUGGUAAUUUUGAAGAAUAAAAUAUUGGAAUUGUUACAUUUGAUAAAUCUAUAUCUUUUUAAGGUUAAUUGUAAGGACAUACUGAUCCCAUUUUGAUGGUUAAAUAGUUGAUUAAGCCUGAUUAUUUAGUUAGUUGUUCUGGUGAUCAUAGUAUUAAGAUUUGGGAUACAUCUUCAAAUGGAGUAUUGGAAAAUAUAAAAGCAAAGACUAUCAAUAAUCAUAAAAUGGCUGUCAGAGAUGUUAUUUUAAUUAAUAAUAAUCAACUUGUAUCUGGAUCAUUUGAUGAGACUAUUUAAAUCUAUGAUCUUAAAUCAGAUAGAAUCAUUUAUGCCAUUUAAUGUGAAGAUUGGAUAUAUUGUGUAUGAAUUUAAUUUAAAUAUAGUUAUAAAACAUUACAGAGAAGGCCUUUGCUGCUGGUACUGGAUCUGGAGAUAUAAGAAUUAUUAGUACAUCUAAUUAUAAUGAAAUGUUAAGAGUCAGAAUAGCUCCAAAUUAUAUUAAGAGUAUUCUGGUAUUUUAAAAUCCCAAUUAUCUAUUUUUAUCAUGCAAAAAUAGAGAUAAUUAUAUCAUUCGCAUACAAGAAUAUAAGCAAAUUGAUUAUAUUACGAAGACUGAAGAAGUUGACUUUGUUCCUGAAGGAAUUUGUAUAGUUGACAAUUAUAUCAUAUAUGGAGAGGCCAAUACUGUUAAAAUUAAAUAUGUUAGUUGAU